CCACAACUCGACAGUUGCGUCUCGACGUUCGGUGCGCAUCAAAUAUUUUUACAUCGCGUACUACCUAUAUUAAAAAAAAAAAAAAAAAACAACAACAAAUUUUCUCAUUUCUAUUAUUUAUCUAACGUGAUAAACAAGCUUUUGUUUAUAGUAAAAAUUAAUCCAAUUAAAUUCCUUUAAUUCAUUGAUAAAUUUCAAUUUUUACUCCGAAAAAAAAUAAAAAAAAAACAAAAGACGCCGAUUUUAUAACAACAAAUAAAAGUGUGUAUUAAUAAUAAUCAAGUGUCAUUUGUUAAUUACGUUAAUAGUUCAUCGAAAUAAUAAUAAUAAAAUAUAUUCAUUUGUUUUGUUGGUUUUUUUUUGGAGUUUGUUUUGUUUAGUGAUUUUAAAUUGUAAAAAAAAAAGUAAAAUAUUAUUAAUUUACAAGAAAAAUUAAUAAUCAAGUGUUUGUUAGUGAAAUUAAUAACAAUAAUAAAUUUAUAAUUAUAAAAAAAAAAUAUUAAUUUUUGCAUCUGUUGAACGCUCGAGUGCUGAUGUUGGAGCGACAAGGUGCGCCGAGGCGUUUCUUCGGAAACUGUCGCGUGGUGUCACUGCUGGUGAACGCUUAGGGUGAUCGACCUAAGUUGAUUAGUCCUUUUUAUUUAUAUUAAAUUUUAAAAAAUUAUUUUUAUUAUUAUUGGACGUUAAUUUUUUGGAUCUAUAUACAUACAUUAAUUUUGAUUAAUUUGUUAAUUAAUUGAUACACUGAUGGCAACGAUGGAGAAUAAGCGAGUGUUCAUUCGCUAAGCCAUAUAUAUUUAUUUUUUUUUUUACUUUAUUUAUAUUUUUUUUUUUUCAAUUGCUAAUCAAAAUGAUUGCAAUUUUAUCAAUUUUAUCGGCUUUGCUUGGCCUCAUUGGUCAAUCCAUUGCAUGGCCACUUGAUCCACUACCUAGACUGCACAUCAAACAUCGUGAAGUGAUCGGCCAACGUUUCCUGGGAAAUGAGAGUCACGUUGAACAUUUUAAAUUGCUAGAACGAGCGCCUACUUUUAUCCUGAUUGGUGCAAGAAAUGCCAUUUACAACAUUAGCCUACAUGAUCUUACGGAAAUUUACGAUCAGCGAGUCCAAUGGACAAGUACAGGUGCUCAUCGUGAAUUGUGUUACCUGAAAGGAAGAAAUGAAGAUGAUUGUCAAAACUACGUUCGUGUUUUUGGUCGUCAAAGUCCUGAUAAAUUUUUAGCAUGUGGAACGAAUGCUUACAAGCCUCAGUGUCGUCAAUUCACCAUAAAAAAUGGUGCUUAUGUCGGCGGAAAGGAUACUGAUGGCCUUGGUUUGUGUCCAUAUGAUCCACAACACAAUAGCACAGCUGUAUUUGCUGGAGGACAAUUGUAUGCAGCUACUCUUGCUGAUUCUUCUGGUGGUGAACCACUGAUUCAUCGUGAAAAAAUUCGUACAGAACGUUCAGAUCUCAAUCAACUAAAUGGUCCAAAUUUUGUGAGCUCUUUUGCUUAUGGAGAAUAUGUAUUCUUUUUUUAUCAAGAAACAGCAGUGGAGUAUAUGAACUGUGGAAAAGCCGUUUAUUCACGAGUUGGAAGAGUGUGCCAACAUGACAAAGGUGGACCCCAUGCCUUCAGUGACAGAUGGACCAGUUUUCUUAAAGCACGACUCAAUUGUUCUGUUCCAGGAGAAUAUCCUUUCUACUUUAAUGAAAUACAAUCAAUGAGUGAUGUUACUGAAGGUUUAUAUGCUGGUAAACACAAUCAAUUGAUAUACGGUGUAUUCACAACACCAACAAAUUCAAUUGGUGGUUCAGCAGUAUGUGCAUUUGCAAUGAGUAGUGUUCUUGAUGUAUUUCAAGGUGCAUUUAAAGAACAAGAAACAAUAAAUAGUAAUUGGUUACGUGUUACACCAGAAAAAGUACCAGAACCACGUCCAGGUGCUUGUGUUAAUGAUUCACGAACAUUACCAGAUAUAACUGUUAAUUUUGUCAAAACACAUCCUUUAAUGGAUGAUGCUGUACAAUCAUUUUUUGCUCUACCAGUAUUGACCAAAGUUAGCUUCAAUUAUAGAUUUACUAAAAUAGCCGUUGAUCCUCAAGUAAAAGCUCUUGAUGGCCGGACUUAUGACAUACUUUAUAUUGGAACAGACGAUGGACGAGUUAUAAAAGCUCUCAAUACACAAGCACCGGAUUCACUGGAUGACGUUGGACAGGUUAUUGUGAGCGAUGUUCAAGUACUUCGAUACGAUCAACCUGUUAAGGAUCUUCAAGUUGUACAUCUUGCUGGUGAAGCAAGUAAAUUAGUUGUUGUUGCUGAUUCAGAAAUACGAGCAAUACCAUUACAUCAUUGUGAUAGUCAAACAGCAAAUACAUGUGCAUCAUGUGUUGCAUUACAAGAUCCACAUUGUGCAUGGGAUCAUAUUACAGAUAUGUGUGUUGCAGUACCAACAAAGUUACAUGACAAUGAUGCCAGUAAAACAUUAUUUCAAGAUAUCAUUAAUGGAAAACACAAAAAAUGUGGCAAUGAACAAGUGAAUAUUAUACCAGAGAUGACCAGGACAAUACCAGCAAUAAUACCAUCAAGAAUUGGACACGGUGAACAACAUGAUGAUCGAGAUAAUGAAAUAGUCAUAGAAUUGGAUCGAGAAAAUCAAUACAGUCGAACACAACCAAGAGCCAAUGAUCCACAAGGUGUUAUUGUAUCACCAGUUGUUUAUUCAGCUCAAACAUUAACAGGUGCAUUAGUAUGUACAUGUUUUUUUUCUUUAAUUGCUGGUUUUGCAUCUGGUUUUUGGUUUUCACAAAGAUUACGUGGUCCACCAUAUACAGAUCAACCAGAACAACGUCAACAACUUAAUCGUUUAACUGAAAAUUCUGAAACACCAACUGGUUUUAAUAAUAAAUCAAUAAAUCUUGUAUUAAAUGUACCACCUAAAAAUCCAAAUGGUAAAAAUGCAAAUUCAUCAGCUGAAAAUAAACCAAUGCAAAAAGUUAAAAAAACAUAUAUAUGAUAUAGAAAACGUCGAGCCGUUUGAGGUUUAGCCCAAAAUAUGGGUAAUAAUGUAUCAUCAGGCUCAUCAUCAUCAUCAGAUGCAACUGAAACAGAUAAUAAUUCAUUAAAUGAACAUUAUGAUUAUGAUAAAUCAUUGUGUCUUAUUGAUGAUACAAUAAAUUCAUUAAAACAAACAACACAAACAACAACAGUAUCAUAUUUUAAUUCAGAUAUUAAUUUACAAAAUAUUAAUACACAAUAUGAUAUUAAUAAUUAUAACAAUGAUGAUAAUUUUGUUUUAAAUAAACAACAAAAAUAUUAUUCACGUAAAAUUAAUAAUAAUUAUAAUGAUUGUGAUAGUGUAGAUAAUACAAUGAUUAAAUUUGUGCCAGUAUCAUCAAUGACAGUAUCUACAUCAAAUAAUAUGAAUAAAAAUAAAAAAAUAUUAUCAUAUGAACAACUUGUUAGUAAUACUAAAAUUAAAAAACCAUCAAGCACAACAACAGCAAUACAUUAUGAUAAAAUUAAUAAUAUUGAAAUGAUACAUGAUCAUUAUAUGCUACCAACAACAAAUAAAAUUAAUAAACGUUCAUCAUUAUCAUUAUUUAAUCCAGAUUUUCUUCCAAAUUUUAAUGAUAUGCUUGCAUAUGUAUCACAGACAAAUAAUCCAACAACAAUUGAACAAACAAAUUCAACAACGAGGCAAUCAUUUGAUACUGAUAAUAAUAAUUAUCAAAUGUUACAACAAAAACAACAAUAUACGACUGAAAAUUUUUAUGCUUCCGUUGUGAUACCAAACACCGAACAACAAGAUACCAAUACAAUUGAGUACAAUUUUUAAAUGAAAUUUUUCUUUUUUUUUUGCAUUGUUUGUUUUGUUUUUUAAUUUUAAAAACAAACAGUGUAUUUGUGUGUGUGUAAUAUUGAAAGAUAAACAAAACGAAAAAUGAUUGACAAUUUUAAUUAUUAUAGUAGAAAAAAUAUUAAAGAUUUAUUAUUGCUUUUUUUUUUUGUAACCCUGUGAAAGAGAAUGUCAUAAUAAAUUUGUAAAGGAUUAGGAAAAUAUUUAAAAUGAAAAGAUGAAUGAUACGAUUAAAACGUAUUUUGUGAUAGAAAGACUUAUGGAUCUGUGUUCUUAGUAGUGGCCUGUUAGAAAUUUAUAAUGACAAGAUAUUGAAAAAAAAAAUAAUAUUGAAUGAUUAAAAAUUAUAUCGUUUAAAAUAAUAAGCAUACUCAGCAUAUGAAGCGUGCCUUCCAUGUAUUUUUGUUGGCAAAUUUCGUAGUGAAAAAAAGAAAAAAAAAAACAUUAUAAAUGUGUAUGAAUGAAA